GGAGGAUCAGAAGAAAUGGACAGCAUAUCUGGUGCAGCCAUGUUGGUUUUCUCUUGGUCGGUUGUGAUCCUGCUGCUUGGGUCCUCUUCCUGGGCUGAGGAAGAGAUUGCUACCAUUGAGGAGGACACAUCCAGGGAGCUUUCUGUCAGUGAACUGCUGGAGAGAGCCAACAGAGACCGCACUGCUGACUUUGACGAGCCUGACCUGAUUGGAGGCGACAUUGCCAUCAAGCCUGAGGCCAGCAGAAAUGCUGAUCCCUGCACCUCCAGAGGCUGCUUGUGGCAAAAGUGGUCUGAUGGAAAAGUGUACAUCCCCUACUACAUUGCCAAUCACUACUCCUCCCGUGAAGUUUCCAUCAUCACUCGUGGACUGGAGUCUUUCUCCUCAGUUUCCUGCAUCCGUUUCAGACCCUACCAGAACGGUGACCAUGAGUGGCUGAGCAUCGAGUCCAGGAACGGCUGCUAUUCCUACGUGGGCCGUCAGGGUGGUGGUCAGACUGUCUCUCUGAGCCGUCAGGGCUGUCUGUACCACGGCACCGUCCAGCACGAGCUGCUCCACGCCCUUGGCUUUAACCAUGAACAGACUCGCUCCGACAGGGACAACCACAUCAAGGUGUACUGGGAAAACAUCAUUGAUGGCAUGGCGUACAACUUUGACAAGAUUAAAACUCUGAACCAGGGAACUCCUUAUGACUACAACUCUGUGAUGCAAUAUGAGAAGUAUGCCUUCUCCAAGAACAACCGUCCCACUAUGAUGCCCAUUCCCAACAGCAAUGUGUCUUUUGGCCAGGCCACCCAGAUGAGCCAGAAUGACAUUGACAGGCUGAACAGGCUGUACAAUUGCUAAACUGCAUGUGACCUUUUACCUGCUGCCCUGAUGAAGGAGAUGAGGGUUUCGGGCAGAUGGCAGUUUGGGUUUUCGUGCUGUAAAAAUAAACCUGCAAACUUUAAAAGUAUUAAAAGCUGAUUGGCUGUUUAAUGAAAUAGCAAGAACAUCAA